AUGAUUGCAGCAAUUCUUUAUGAUCUUCCAUUAUUGCAUUAUGUUUAUGGUUUUAUUUUUAUUUUGUUGGCUUCAAUUGGUAUAAUAAAUAAUAUAUGUUCUUUAAUGACAUUUAUUCGAGAAUGUAUUCGAUAUGCAAUUUGUGGGAUUUAUUUAAUCAACUAUUCAAUAUGUAGUUUAAUAUUAAUUAUGUUAAUUAUAACAAAUAUAAUAACUGCUAUUUAUUAUGAUAAAUAUUUAUUUCAUUUUUUGGCUUGUUAUGGUUAUCCAUAUUUAUCUCUUAUUAUGGUUUAUACAAGUAUGUUAAUAAGUAUUGCAAUAGCGAUAGAAGGUGUAUUUUAUACAUACUUUAAUUUUAAUAAAUUUCGUCCACGAAGACAACCUUUAAUUAUUUCAUUACUUUUUCUUCUUAUUGUUUCAAUAUCAAAUCUUGAAAAAAUAUUUGGACGAAGUUUAUUAAUUGAUCAAUCUGGUAAUUUUUAUUAUAUAUAUAAAAAAAAAAUUCAUUUAAAUAUUGAUCAAUAG